UAGGAAGUAACAGCCCUCCACAGAGAAACUGGAAGGGAAUUGCUAUUGCCCUGCUGGUGAUUUUGGUUGUCUGCUCCCUCAUCACUAUGUCCGUCAUCCUUUUAACCCCAGAUGAACUCACAAAUUCAUCAGAAACUAGACUGUCUUUAGAAGACCUCUUCAGGAAAGACUUUCUGCUUCACGACCCAGAAGCACGGUGGAUCAAUGAUACAGAUGUGGUGUAUAAAAGCGAGAAUGGACAUGUCAUUAAACUGAAUAUAGAAACAAAUGCUACCACAUUGUUAUUGGAAAACACAACAUUUGUAACCUUCAAAGCAUCAAGAUAUUCAGUGUCACCAGAUUUAAAAUAUGUUCUUCUGGCAUAUGAUGUCAAACAGAUAUUUCAUUAUUCAUAUACUGCUUCAUAUGUGAUUUACAACAUACACACAAGGGAAGUUUGGGAGUUAAAUCCGCCUGAAGUAGAGGAUUCGGUUUUGCAGUACGCAGCCUGGGGAGCUCAAGGGCAGCAGCUGAUUUAUAUAUUUGAAAAUAAUAUCUACUAUCAGCCUGAUAUAAAGAGCAGUUCAUUACGACUGACAUCUUCUGGGAAAGAAGGAAUCAUUUUUAAUGGCAUUGCUGACUGGUUAUAUGAAGAGGAGCUUCUCCAUUCCCACAUCGCUCACUGGUGGUCACCAGACGGAGAAAGGCUUGCCUUCCUGAUGAUCAAUGACUCCUUGGUGCCUAACAUGGUCAUCCCUCGCUUUACCGGAGCGCUAUAUCCCCAGGGAAAGCAGUAUCCAUAUCCUAAGGCAGGUCAAGUGAACCCAACAGUAAAAUUAUAUGUUGUAAACCUAUAUGGACCAACUCAUACUUUGGAACUCAUGCCGCCUGACAGCUUUAAAUCAAGAGAAUAUUAUAUCACUAUGGUCAAGUGGGUCAGUAAUACCAAGACAGUGGUCAGAUGGAUAAAUCGGCCCCAGAACAUCUCCGUCCUCACAGUGUGUGAGACCACGACAGGAGCGUGUAGCAGAAAAUAUGAGAUGACAUCAGAUACAUGGCUUUCUAAACAGAAUGAAGAGCCUGUGUUUUCUAGAGACAGCAGCAAAUUCUUUAUGACAGUUCCUGUUAAGCAAGGGGGUCGUGGAGAAUUCCACCACAUAGCUAUGUUUCUGGUCCUGAGUAAAAGUGAGCAAAUUACGGUGCGGCAUCUCACAUCGGGAAACUGGGAAGUGGUAAAGAUCUUGGCAUACAAUGAAAAUACUAAAAAAAUUUAUUUUCUGAGCACGGAAUCUUCUCCCCGAGGGAGGCAGCUCUACAGUGCUUCCACUGAAGGGUUAUUGAAUCGUCAAUGUAUUUCAUGUAAUUUUAUGAAAGAACAAUGUACAUAUUUCGAUGCCAGUUUUAGUCCCAUGAAUCAUCAUUUCUUAUUACUCUGUAAAGGUCCAGGGGUCCCAGUGGUCAGCCUACAUAAUACAGACAAUCCAGAAAGAUAUUUUAUGUUGGAAAGCAAUCCUCUGUUAAAGGAAGCUGUGCUGAAGAAGAAGAUUGUCAAGCCAGAAAUUAAAAUGCUUCAUCUUGACGACUACGAAUUUCCUUUACAGUUGUCAUUUCCCAAAGAUUUUACGGACCGAAACCAGUACGCUCUUCUGUUAAUAAUGGAUGAAGAGCCAGGAGGCCAGUUGGUUACAGAUAAAUUCCACAUUGAUUGGGACUCAGUACUUGUUGACUCUGAUAAUGUAAUUGUAGCAAGAUUUGACGGCCGCGGAAGUGGGUUCCAGGGUCUAAAAAUUUUGCAGGAGAUUCAUCGAAGGAUAGGUUCAGUGGAAGUAAAGGACCAAAUAACAGCUGUGAGAUUUUUGCUGAAGCAGACAUAUAUUGAUCCCAAAAGAUUAAGCAUUUUUGGAAAGGGGUAUGGUGGCUAUAUUGCAUCAAUGAUCUUAAAAUCAGAUGAGAAACUUUUUAAAUGUGGAUCAAUAGUGGCACCUAUCACAGACAUGAAGUUGUAUGCUUCAGCUUUCUCUGAAAGGUACCUUGGUAUACCAUCGAAGGAAGAAAGCACUUACCAGGCAUCCAGCGUGCUACAUAAUAUUCAUGGCUUAAGAGAAGGAAACCUACUGAUAAUUCAUGGGACUGCGGACACAAAAGUACAUUUCCAACAUUCAGCAGAAUUAAUCAAACACCUAAUAAAAGCCGGCUUGAAUUAUACUAUGCAGGUCUAUCCAGAUGAAGGUCAUAAUGUAUCUGAGAAGAGCAAGUACCAUCUCUACAGCACAAUCCUUAGGUUCUUCAGAGAUUGUUUAAAGGAAGAAAUACCUGUGUUACCACAGGAACCAGAAGAGGAUGAAUAAUAGACCCUAUUUAUAUUGGACUGAAGGGGAUAUUGAGGCUCAACGACAUCAAACCAAGAGACUGUAAUAUUGCAGAUGCUCAGAAUUUCCAAGGCAGCUUAAGGAGAGGACAUGGGAACAGCACAUUCAGAGACAAGGACUUACAACAUGAAUACAGGAGUCUAAAUUGACUGUGUUGCCAAGGGUGCAGAACCUGUUUCUUUGUGGAAGGAAAGUCAAUGGGUUGGUUUUCUGGGAGAAAUUAGUUUUGCAUUAAAGCAAGAACAGUGCAUGUUUUCUUUUAUUAUCCCCCUGUUUGUUCUAUAACUAGUUGCUCUCAUUUUACUUUCCAUGGCCAUCAUUAUCCUUGCAUAUAAUGCACAAUUUAUCAUUAAAUUAGCAUCUGAUCUCUGAAGGCUGACCUACAGUCUAGCUCUUUACUGUACCCUUUACAAUAAGUGCAAUUCUUUCCUUGUCUAUUAUUAUGCUUCCGAAAAUGUUCAGUUAAUAAAAAUACAGAGUAUUUUAUGUAAUUUCUGUUUUUAAAAAGGCAUUAUUCAAUGGGUCAAGGAACAUGUAGAAAUAUGGAUUUCAGCACCUUCUGAACUUUAGCUGCUUACCAAUAGAUACAGUAUCUUUAAAUCAGCACACAAGUGUAUGCCUCACAAUAUAUAUACACACGUGUGCAUAUGCAGUCUCUAAAACUCUCUUUACAUAUUAUUCACGUGAAAAAGAAAACAUUUUGAUGAAUUACAAGAGAUGCUCUUUUGCAGGCUACGAUGGAUGCUUUGUUUAAUGAGCCAAAUAUGAUGAAACAUUUUUUCCAGUUCAAAUUCUAGCUGUUGCUUUCCUAUAAAUGUUUGGGUUGUGUUUGGUAUUGUUUCUAGUGGUUAAUAGUUUUCUAGUUGCAAUUUAAUUUUUUGGAUAUGAGAUCUUGUCACAUGUAAAUUAGAUACUUCGAUAUUAAAUUAUAGUUUCUGAUAAAGAAAUUUUGUUAAUGAUGCAAUGCCAUUGAGUGCUAUUUUGCUCUAUUGGUGGAGAAGCCUUUUUUAAGAUACUUAGUCCUUUACAUUCUGUCUUUCGAUGCAGAAUCAUUUCUCAUUUUCAUUGUGUAAGCAAAAAAAUUUUAUUUCAUUUGCCAUUUCCUAUUUAAUAUGCUACGCCUGCCCGAUACAUCUGUUACUGUUUAACUUUAAUCCGCUGAUGAGACUAUGAAUUGAAAUAUUUUUUAUUCAUUGGCCAAAAGUUUUCAAAUAGUGCCAUUUGCUAAUCAUUUUGAAUUGAAGGCAAACAUGAAUUAAUCAAUUCCUGUACUAUAUUAACUUGCAGUAGGAAGUACCUGAGAGUGAAAAAUAAACUUGACUGUAUAAAGUCAAUUUACAUCAUGAGAAUAUUAACUUUCAUGAAUUAAGUCCCAGAGUAACUUCUUGCUACACUUAGGGAUCUCCCAGAAGAUGUCUAACAAUUAGUAGCCAGCCUCUGCAAUCCAUCCAAAACUACAUGGAAAACAAUGUUUGUGUGGUUUUAAGAACAUGCAUAGAAACAUGUAAUCAAAACAACAUGAAGAACCUUAAAAAUAUGGACUGUUUUUUUCAGUGCCUCAUCUGUGUUGUAGAAAGGUCAGCCCAAAUCCCUGGAUAUUCAGAAACAUAUGAACGACUGAUUGGGGAGAGUACAUUUCUACUAGAUUCUUUGGAACUAUGCCUUCCCUGUCCCAACUGGAUUCACUUUAAAAGCAGAAGGGUUCUCUCUUUUGGAAGACAUAUUCAGGUCUUUUUCAGGAAGGGUAAACUUUUUUUCUGCACAAAAUAAGUUGUAAUGCUUAAAAGGAAAGUUUUUCCUGUUUUAUUCUGAUGGAAAUUUCUUUCAGGCUGAUUUAGUGUCCAACUGAUUAUUUUUAAUCAGUGUUUUAAACUUCAAUGAUUAGAGUUUUAUAUGAUGAAUAUAAUGAUGUUGUCUGAAGAUGUGAUUUUAUUGGAUGCCUAUUUGAGUAACAAACAUUAAUCUUUUACUGUUCAUUUUUUCUCUUGUUUUAUUAUCAUUAUCAGUGUUUACUUUUCAAUUAAUUUAAUACAAUUACUAAUGUGACUUACAUUUAUCUGGAGCCCACGUUAACCUUAAAGACUAAAGAUAUCUCAAAUCAUGAUAUACACUUUAGUGAGUAAAAGAAAAAAACUUCAUUCCCAUGAAUUUAAUAAUUGGUUUUAAUAAAUAAAUGAAUAUAGAUAAAGGGACCAUUCACCAAUACAUAGUCACGAGAUAUUAAAGGUAAAGUAAAACCAAAAUUUACCUUUAUUUGUUUACCACCUGAUUCUAGCCCUACUAUUUCACUUGCAGUUAAGCAUCCCUAAAGUUCCCAUGAGUUCGGUGAUAGUAUUCUAUCAGGAGAUUGAGUUCAGUUCCCAGCCGAUGCAUCUCAAGCACAGCCACCAUCUGCCAGUGGAGACUUGCACAUUGUUAUGAUCCUGAAUAGUUUUAUUUAGCACAAUUUUCAGACUAAAAUGAACUUGGAAGAAAGGCUUGCUGAUCUCUUUGACAAUUUAGCAAUGGGAACCGUGUGAAUCACAAUGUCUAAGGCCUCAGGACUGGGCUGCCCUUUUGACUCACAGGGGAGUCCUGAGUCAGGGGCUGACUCAAGUUCAAACAAAAGUUCCUCCAAAAUCCAGCAGCAAAAGUGUUUUUGUUUUUCCUUAAAUGUCAAGGACAUUUCCCCCCAAUAAAAGAGGGAAGCAACAUUCAAUGACUCACAGAUUGAAACUUUUAAAGCUAUUCUUGAGGGAAAGUGUAAUUUUCUUUUCAUUUUAAUUCCUUCUAUUAAGAAAGGUUAUCUUAGGUGUGUUUCUGAACAGAACCGAAGGGAAGGGAAACCCUUCAAAGCAUGAGAUUUGGCUCACUCUAAACACACGGCUGUUUGCUGGGGAUGUUUCUAAUAGAACACACCACUGAGGCAUCACACCUAACAGCUGUAGGUGUAUUAGCAUGAGAUGACUUUCCUUCAAAUGGUGAGUUUUGGAAAAAAGCUACCUGUUCUGAACUCACUCACUGAACUCAAAAGGCUCGUGGUGUUUAGAAAGAAUCGUGUAUAUGAACCUCUACGUCUUUCCAUACAUCCUCUGACUAUUCACAUCAUGUGGUAACCAGUCUUGCAUAAUAUAAUUUGACACCUAAGCGUUAUUGUUUAUCUUUCACCUUCUACCCCUGGGAAUCAAGGAUACCCAAUACCAAGCACUUGCUAAAACCAACCCACUUGUUCUAUUCAAUAACCUAUGUAAGUAUGUUAACAUCCCCUCGGAACCCAUUAAAUAAAAGUCAGGAGCGGGU